AGGGUGUGCAAGUACAGUCGGCCCAGCCAGCCAGGUGCGUACGCGCUGGCGGACAUCAACACCGAGGAAGAGAGUGGCGAGGAAAUGCUUCACGCCCUGGUGGCUCACAGUACAGCCAACAAAGACACGACGCCGCCGAUAGAGCGGGAUUUGCUAUGGGAAGGCAGGAAGCUGCGAAUGAUUCUGGAUACGGGCUCCCCAGUCAGCUUAAUUCCCGAGAGCGCUUUCAAAAGACACCGUAAACGGUGGCCGGCCCUGGAAACGACCCCCCUACGCUUGUUGUGCUUCCUGGGGCCGCUGCCCGUUGUCGGCAAGAUCACCAUGAGUGUACAGUACGGACAGACGCAGGUGCGCAGCUCGUUGAUUGUGGUGAACUGCCCAGGGCCGCUGCUUUGCGGUAGGAAUACGCUGCGGGCGUUUUACGACGCAGGGGCACCGCUUCUAGAAACUGGGGCACCGCUUGGGGUGAACAUGGUGCAGGCCGGCGCAGAGGGGCAGGACCUACUGGAAGAAUUUGCAGACGUUUUCGAAGAGAAGCUGGGGUGCUGCCAGGGCCCACCAGUAAAGCUGUACAGGAAGGAAGAUGCGCGACCCCGUUUUUGUAAGGCGAGGCCGGUGCCCUACGCGCUUCGCGACAAGGUGUCGGCGGAAAUCAACCGCCUGGAGAAGGACGGCGUGCUCUCGCCGGUCAACGUGUCGGAAUGGGCUACACCUGUUGUUCCGGUGGCAAAGAAAAACGGCGAGAUACGACUGUGCGGGGAUUUUAAGUUGACGGUAAAUCCAGCUACACACCUGGAGCGAUACCCCUUGCCUAAAAUUGACGACAUUUUUGCGGCGGUAUAUGGGGGGGAACUCUUCACCACGCUGGACUUACGCAACGCGUACAAUCAGCUUCCUCUUGACGAAGAGGCUCGAAAGAUGACUGUGCUGAACACGCACCAAGGCUUGUACUGUUACAAUCGUCUGGCCUUCGGCAUUGCGUCCGCACCGGCUCUGUUUCAACGGCGCAUCGAGUCCCUCCUGCAAGGGCUCCCAAGGGUGCAAGUCUACUUGGAUGACAUCGUCAUCGCAGAAAAGAAACACGACACGUCGACACUCCGGCAGGUGCUGCAGCGGCUACGGGAAAACGGCCUGAAGUUAAACCGAGCCAAGUGCCGUAUCCGGGAGAAGCAAGUGUCCUUUUUGGGCCACAGAAUCGAUGCCCAAGGUCUUCAUCCGGAGCGGACCAACCUCGAGGCAGUGACCGAAGCUCCAAGACCGACCUCGGAGGAGGGCAGCAGUGAAGUGCUCACUGAAUAUGUGCUGUACACGCGGGGGUGGGACGACCAACCUAUGUCCGCCCAGCAGAUGGCCACCCUGACUACGCGGGACAGCCUGCUUCGCCAAGUAAAAGCCUGGAUUUACGCCGGAUGGCCGUCGCACCUGCGCCCGGAGCAGCACCAGUUCCUACCGUACUUCAGCCGCAGAUCUACCCCUAUGAAAGAGGGCAAGUCGCCAGCCGAGUUGUUGUUAGGCUUCAGGCCCAGGACAAGGCUAACCGGCUUCUUCUCAAGGGGCGAGGAAGCGCAGCACAGCGUGGUCGAGCCGCAAGCCCCGGCCACGACACCACCGCCAUUUUCGCCAGGAAUGCCGGUCUGGUCACGCCAGUUCCAGCCGAGGCGGAGAUGGCUACCGGGGACUGUGGUCUCCAGUGAGGGUCGGUGCAUGGUCACGCUACGCACACCGGACGGCCAACAGAGACGGCACCGGGACCAGCUGCGACCUCGAGACGCUUCAGGGUCCCCGGAAGGCGCUGACAAGGCACGUCGAGUCGCCGGCCGGUCGGAGGUGGGAGCAAGGCCGCCCAGCACCGACGAAAGAGAGGUCGCCACCAACGGCGAUCCCGAGGUGACGCCCACAGCAGACUCGGUUCCUCUCAGGCGCUCUACGCACCUGCGGAAGCCGCCGGACCGUUUGAACUUAUAGGGGGGAGGGGAUGCUGUAUCGCCGUACGGCUGCGUCACCGCAACCAGGAGCGGCGCGUUCCAGCGCAUGCCCGUGCCGGACAUACGUCACCGGCGCGGGAGGUAAAAAGAGAGCGCUUGCCAAUAAACUACGUUUUUCAUGUCCCGGCC